AGACGGCUGAAUCACCGAGGGCGCACCUGAGUCGGAAGUCGGGUGGGCGACCCGCUCAGCACGGUGCCACGAGCUCCUCGCUCUAACCUCAUCAGACUUAAGUUUGAUAUUUAAACCUGUCAAGGGCUCACACGAUGGAGGAUCCCUACCAGUAUCCCGUUUUCUUCGACUGCCCCGGUCUCGACGUAGACCGACGAAGGAAGAUAGAAAGCUAUUUCCAUGUUCGCCGCAAAUCUGGAGGAGGAGACUGCGGCUCGGUUACAAACGUUAACGAUAAAGUUCACAGCAUUGCCUUUAAAGAGCGUGAAGCUCAGCAAAGGGUCCUGCAGACACGUGAUCAUGUGUUGGAGUUUGCAGAUGGUCCUCUGGUUCUGACUGUCCGAGGCAGCCCAGGACCUCACAGCUCCUCUCCCAUCGCUACCUCGACUGAAGGCCAGUCAGUUAUUGCAAACCAGCUCUUAACCUCAUCACAGGUUCAGAAUCAGAAAUCUAUUCCUGCCUCAGCUCCUCCACCAAGUGGUGAAUCAUAUGAACUACAACCUGAUACUUACCUCCUUCGUUACCUAGAGGAAUGUCCCAAGGCUGGGAGAGAACUAGAGAAAGAACUUGCCUCUGUGGCCUGCUCUGCUCAGCUUUACCCAGAGGAAGGGAGGGUUUUAGUCAGGAAUUUAGCUCAACCUGGUGCUGCAGAUGAAGGCAGAAACUGGAAAGCUGAGGUAGACAAACUCUUUGAUGGCUACAUGUGCCACUAUGAGGUGGAUCCUCACAAAGUCAGAGCUUUGCUUCAGUCCUGCAGCUCUCAUCAGACCACAGAUGAGGUGAAGGUGUACAGUGAUUUUGGCAUGGCUGUUGUAGUUGGGAAGUGUUCUCAGGUUAAGGCCAGGUUGAUGGAUGUAGCGGACUCGAGUAUUAAACCUCGAAGGUCACGUUUAAGUGGGAAGCAAACCAGGAUUUGUCGACUGGGUGAGGGCAAACUCCGCAUCCUCUGGGAAGAGAUUGAGCAUAGUUUGGGACGAAAUGUUCCAGGAGUUAAGUUCACACAGGGAGAUGCUGGUCAGGUAGUUCUGGAAGGUUCUGUGGAGGAUAUUCUUAAAGCUGGAGAUUGGAUUUCUGAUAAAGAGAAAUUGGUGUUAGAUAGGACAGUUCCUAACAUAAGCCUACAUCUCCUGGCCUUCCUAAGGAAGGCUUAUGGAGGUCCAAGGGUGCUAGGUGACUUUUUAGGAGUUGGUGACAAGGUGGAAAUAGAACUGCGAGAUACAGAGCUACGUUUUUUCUCCCUCUCUGCUGAUAAACUGGAUGAUGCAGAAAAAGCACUGCAGGGUGAGUUCAAGGAAGCAAAGAUUAACAUUCCUAUGUUCUCUGCUGUUCCAUCUGAGCUUCGGGAAAAGCUUAAGUCUAAGGCAGGGGAGAUGAACCAAGGGCAAUGUAGGGCUCAGGUCCUGUGUGGCUCAGACAGCACAGUGUGCUUACUGGGCCACACCAAAGAUGUUGAAGAGCUGAGUGAAACUGUCAUACAGUUUAUUCUGGACCAGGCAAGCAUAGAGGGCAAUGUCAUUCUCCCUUUUCCAGAAUUAGUACAACUGUUGCCAGGACUUUUGCAGCUGCACAAGUUUGACUAUUCAGGGGUUACCCUCCAUCCUUUAACCUCUUCCUCCCGGCCCAUGGUGGUGCUGGAAGGUCAAUCCAGUAAGGUGACUGAGGUCAGGAACAGGCUGGGUCCAUUUCUAGACUCCCUUGUUCAGGGCAAGGUCACCAUCGACCUGCCAGGGGCUGUAAGGUAUUUUGAAAGUUCCUCUGGAAGAGAGAGCAUUUUAAGUAUUGCUCAUUCCCAGAAGUGUCUCAUACAGCUCCAAGGGCAGCCUCACGCUGCUGGACAGAAUUUGGCAUCUGGUGCAAAAUUGAGUAACGGAGGGACAACAGUUGCCAGCUACAGCCUUUGUGAUGGGCUCCAGGUGCUGGUGUGUCAGGGUGACAUCACCAAACAGGAUGCUGAUGCCCUGGUUAACGCUGCCAAUGAAGAUCUGGACCACGGUGGAGGCGUUGCUGCUGCGCUGAGUAAAGCAGGUGGUCCUGAGGUACAGAGGGAGAGCAAAGCUUUAAGAAAGACUAGGAAAAUUCCUACAGGUGAUGUGGUAGUGACCACAGGGGGGAACUUAAAGUGCAAGAGACUGCUGCAUGCUGUUGGACCUGUAGCUGGACAAGUAGGUGGGAGAGAAAGGUUCUUACUGGAAAAAACUGUACAUGCUGCCCUGAAUUUGGCAGAAAUUAUGGAGUUCAAGUCUAUAGCAAUGCCCUGCAUCAGCUCAGGUUUGUUUGGUGUUCCUGUCAGUUUGUGCUCUGAGGCUAUUGUAACUGCUGUGAAAGAGUUUGGUAGUCAGGGAGGGCGAAGUCUGAACAGAAUCAUCCUGAUUGAUAACAGAGCAGAGGUGGUGAGAGCCAUGCAGGAAGCAUGUGACAGGAUUCUCCAAGGGAUAAGUACCAGAAACAGUACACUAAGUGGGAUCACUACAGGACACACCACAAGUGAUUUGGAUUUCCAGAUGGGCGCUGCAGCCCAAGACACAGUAAGAGAUGCCACUGCUGGAGCUCCUGGAGAUUAUGUCCAUGUUGAGGUUGUUCAGGGAACCAUUGAGACCCAGCAGGUGGAUGGCCUGGUAUGUCCUAUGGCUGGCCAUGAUCCUCUCUCUACCCAGAUUGGAAAAGUUUUGGAUAAUGUGGUAGGGCGUCAACUGACUGCAAAGUUUCAUCAAGAUGCAAACGGAGCAACACUGCCUGGUGACGUAGUUCUAGUGGAGGGCUUGCCAGCACUUCAGUCUAAAGCAGUGAUUUACCUCAAUCUUUUCCCCUGGGAUAAUAAACCGCAUGGAACAGCAGUCCAGGUUCUGAGACAGUGCAUAAGAAAAAUGCUGGCUUCCUGUCGGAUCAGAGGCUUUAGAUCAGUUGCAAUCCCUGUGCUUGGGACCGGUGCUGUUUUGCGGUUUCCUCACAGUAUGGCAUCCAAGGUUCUUAUGGAGGAGAUCUGUGCAUUUGAAAAAAACCAAACCACCAGCUCACCUUUCCUGAUCCGUAUUGUCGUUCACCCCAGGGACAAAGAAUCUAGCAAGGCCUUCCAGUCUGCUCAGAAAACUUUGCAUCUCAGAUCAUUCACAAAUGAUGCUAACCCAGAUCAAGCUUCCUUUUACCGCCCUGUCUCUGUAACUGAUGAUGAGGUCACAGCCAUGUUGGGCGGAGUCAAACUUCAGAUGGUCCGUGGUGACAUUGUAAAUGAGAAAACUGAUGUCAUUGUCAACACAACAGACUUCUCCAACAACCAGACUGCUGUCUCCAAAGCCAUUCUAACUGCAGGAGGGCCUACUGUUCAAGCAGAGUUAACACAAGCGGGCGUUCCAAAAGACCACAUGUGCAGCACAGGAUCAGGGUUGCUUGGUUGCAGAGAAAUCAUCCAUGCUGCUUUCAAUUGUGACCCUCAGCUGUUUCAGAAGAACUGCAGAAAGAUUCUGAAGCAGUGUGAGAGCAAAGGCUACCGCUCAGUGGCCUUCCCAGCCAUCAAUACUGGUGCAGCUGGUAUGGACCCCAUCAAAGCUUGUAAAGCCAUGCUGGACGGCAUGGCGUUGGCUAUUCAGAAUUUGACACCAAGUCACCUCUCUCUCAUCCGCAUUGUCAUCCUGCAAGCACACGUCUUCCAGGCUUUCAGACCAGAGCUUGAGAAUCGCUUUGGACAAAUUGCCCCUUGCCGGCCCAGCCUGAUAGAAAAAGCUAAACAGAAGCUCAAGAAGUGGCAAGAGAAGUAUUCAAGAACCUCAGCGUCACAAGGCAAAACCUUCCUCUCCUCAAAGCCCAACCCAGCUGUAAUGAGUGUGAUUUGUUGUGGUCCAGACAUCAUCAAGACCGUCAAGAGAGAUUUGGAGGGAAUCCUGCAGAAGCAGCUGGAAGAGAGGGAGGUGAAGGUGCACGAUUUUUCCACUCUUGACAACAUGGAGCUGGAGGCAGUGCUUUCAAAUGUCAGAGUCUUUGGAAUAAGUCUGGAACACAGGAGACAUCAAAAUUCUGCAAGUGUGAAUGGCAACAGAGCAGGAAGCCCAGCUAAAGCUGAAGCUAGACGCCGGACAGGGUCAGAAGAAGAGGCCUAUGUGCUGAGAGGCCUAAAAGAGGAUGUUUUGAGCGUAACUGAACUUGUAAACAGAGCAGUCCAGGAAUCGCUUCUUGAAGACGUCCGAGACAAAGAGGAAGCUAUGAUGGCUCUUACUGUUCAGUGGUCAAUUCAGGAUGUGGAUGAAGUCUGGAAGGAGCUGAGCCUGCAUGACAACUACGUGCUGGAGGAGGCUUACUUGAAUAAUCUAGUAUUUGUAGAUGUGAAGGCACCAGACAAAAAGAUGGUGAAAGUAAACCUGAGGGCACAAGAAGCCACAAAUUCGCAAACAGGGAUCAAAUACAGAAUAAAAAGGAUCCAGCCUGGAACAGACAUAAACUUUCCACCACAAUGGGAAUCUAUGCAAGGAGAAGUCUUUAAAAAGGUUGAGCUACAUCCUAACUCAAAAGAGUAUCAGGCCGUAGCCCAGGGUUUCCACAAAACGGCUAAUUACAACAUUCAGAAGAUUGAGCGUGUGCAAAACUACUACCUAUGGCAAGCCUAUAAUGUGUGUAGGCAGCGUAUCCUUGACAAGAAUGGUCCAGCAGAACUUGGGGAGAUGUCUCUCUACCAUGGCACAUCAGCAAAGUCAUGCGACUGCAUUGAAAAGGACAGGUUUGACAGGAACUUUGCAGGAACACAUGGUGCAUUUUUUGGAAAUGGAGUUUACUUUGCUGUUGAUGCACAAUAUUCGGCCAGUAAGUUUUCCCCAGCAGACGCUUCAGGCCUUAGGCGGCUGUAUGUUGCUCGUGUCGUGACCGGCCGAUACACAGUCGGCAAACCUGGCAUGAAAGCCGUCCCUCCUCGUGGCACAGACCACACUGACUGCUUCGACAGUUUGGUGGACAACCAGCAGCCGCCCUCCAUGUAUGUGAUUUUCCACGAUGACCAGGCCUACCCAGAAUACCUCAUCACUUUCAACUGAGGAAAACUGGGGGAGAUCAUGGUUCAGGUGGUGUAACAAUGCUCCUUGUUGGAGACUACAAAAUAGUGAUUCCCUGAUCUGACUUUAAUCUGUAUUCAUUUUUCAGUAACAUAGAAGUACUGUGAACAACUACUUCCAAAGGAAAGUUGCUAAAGCCUGCUUGAGAAGUUGCUAAAGUCUCUCGAUGACGCAAUACUCUAAUUAGCAUAGUAGUGGCGUCAUCACAUUGUAUUUGCAUUCUGCCUUGUGUCAGCUGGUUUCCAGUUUGGCAAUACUGCAUGUAAACGCCCCCGUUAGAAAAUGUUUGUGCCAAUUCAUUUUGAAAGAGCAGUGGCCUGUGGGGAAACUAACCAAUGGUGUAACUUCAGCAUUCAGUCAGUCCAAAAACAAUGACAUGGUGACAUCUUAGCUUAACAAGCACAGCACUGCAACAGAUAUUGAACAAAGCGUCUAGUGCUUUAUAGAAUUCAACACAGAAACACACAUGAAAUCGCAGUUUUCUAUUUUGGAAAUCCCUUUUUUCCUGUUUUACAUAACUCUUGUGAUGUUAUUAAGUUUUGUUCAAUAACUUCGGCAAAGACUGCUCUUUAAGCUUUACUGUAUUUUCAUUUAUAUAAUCUUACUGAAGGAAAGAACUAUUUCUUUUAAUUAAAAAGUAUUUUAAUCAUCUCAGAAGUUUGAUCAGACUGUCAGAUUUCUGAGAUGCCAGUUAUAAAUCUAUUUACUAUAUAUUUAGCAUUGGGUUAUCAGUUUUUAACAAAUGGUUUUUGAAAGUAUUCUUUCAGUGAACUUUCUUUAUACUUAAUAGUGUGUAGAUCAAGCUUCAGUUUCUUUAUUCUCUAAAUUCAUCAAUAACAAGAGUUGAAACCUGGACCUGGUAAUUGAUAUAUGAAAAGCUGUCACACUUUACUUGGAAAGUAUAAUUCUGAUACCUGACUUCUUAAGUGAAUAUAUUUCUAAGAAAAAAAGAGUCUCCUUUACUUAAGUUUUAAGUGAGAAAGAAUUUCUUUGAUUCUACAAUGAAGAUUUUGUGAUGGGAAUCCAGGUGAUUUCAGACACUUUAAUGUUGAGAGGAUUUCUCUUUGAACGUUGCAAGAGAAUGCUGAAUCAAUCGUGACAUAAAUUUACAUAAUGUUUGUAUUUAAUAUCUGAAGUUAUCUUACAUAUCAUAUGAGUAUACACACUUAUUUUAACACAAAAUAUCCCCCAAGAAGCAUUUAUUUAUAGAUUUUCAAAUCUAUAUAUCUUUACAGAAUCCACAGAAGCAUUAUACUGUGGUGAACUUAAGCCAGUUUCUCUGUGGCUCCUUGACAGCUGUUUGUCAGGAUUUAACCACGCUUUAAGUCAAGGUCGUAAUCAAACUAGGUCUGCAGUGAGGAAAUGUUUUACCUGGUUCUUUUAUUGACCCUCCAAUAAAGUCUAACUCAAAGAC